AUGGCACGCCGCCAUAUUCAAAUCCCACUUCCUACAGAACUCUUUGAAAGUUUCAGUCGUGUCUGCAUCAUCCGCGUCUGCAAAUCGCCCGUUCUGCAUGAAAUCUCGUGGAAUUCGUGCAUAGGUCGAACAUAUAUGGCUGAUGCUGUAGCUGCUCCUGCAGCCCAGGAUGAGGGUGGAGGAAUGUGGGCAGUCGUUAAAAGUUUGGCUUCUCGAAUUCUACUCGUCUAUUUUGUAUCAUCAAUCAUCAAGAGUUUUUCUGGUGGUCCUCCACAAAGUACUAACGACGUCUCAUCGAAAGGAGCAGUUUUCCAACCAUCAAGAAAUCUUUUUCCCCCUGGUCAAAUGUUCGAUCUACACUUGUACCUCGAAGACUCGGAACAGCGUUUCUCGAACUUCGAAAGCCACACCCCGUUUUGGCAAGAACUCAACAUCAAAUAUGGUGAUUACUCGGCUGGUCCUGACAAGGAUGGAACUCUCGUCUUCGAGAAAACAUUGCCAACUCCUGAGCCUUUGAUGCGGAAUCAAUCACUUUACUUGCAUGUUUUCAUAACAAAGGCAGGACACUCACCCAACCCAAGGGAAAGAAGUUUUAUCAAACGUGAGAAGAAGCACUACAAAGUCACUGCUAAUCUGCUCACCGGGAAGAGCGAACAAAGCGAAGACGAUUUGAAAAAAGCCUCCACAAUGAAUUUUGAGAUCCUCAAUUUCUGGCAUCCCAACCUCACGAUAAACUUGGUUGACGAUCAAACAAGGUGGACUAAAGGUUCUCUACCUCCACCGCUGGAUCAAGCUGUCGAAUUUGACAGUAUAGGAGGAUUCUAUCUGCCCAUAUUGUUUUUCAAUAAUUACUGGAAUUUGGGUUCUGAAUACAUGCCCGUAAACGAGACGGUCAAGGAAAUAACGUUGCGUAUAAGCUACCAACCGUUGUCGCUCUUCAAGUACCAGUUGUACGCGAGCCAACAAAUGCGAAAUAAAUGGACCUCCAUGCUUGGUGGAGAAGUAUUUGAGCAAGAUGAUGACGACCAAGAUACCAUAAAAAGGGCUCUUAUAGAGACGAACCCUAUUUUGCUUGCAGUCACUGUUAUUGUUUCCUUACUGCAUACGGUAUUCGAGUUCCUCGCCUUCAAAAAUGACAUACAGUUUUGGCGCUCCAGAAAAGAUCUUGUGGGCCUCUCUGUGCGAUCUGUGUUAUUCAAUAUCUUUCAAUCAUUGAUCGUUUUCCUAUAUAUCUGCGACAAUGACACCAACUGGGUGGUCAAAAUGAGCGUCGGAAUCGGUCUUCUCAUUGAAUGUUGGAAGAUACCGAAGGUCGUCAAUGUUGAGAUAGUUCCAUCGAACAAAUAUAUCCCGUUUUUACCUUCGCUGAAAUUUAGUGACAAAGGUUCAUACGUAGAAAGUGCUACAAAAGAAUAUGAUCAGUUAGCAUUCAAAUAUCUCUCAUGGUUGCUUUUCCCUCUCCUUGGUGGCUACGCCAUCUAUUCUUUAAUGUACGUUGAACAACGUGGAUGGUAUUCGUGGAUGCUCAGCAUGUUUUAUGGGUUUUUGCUUAUGUUUGGCUUUAUCACCAUGACUCCACAGUUGUUCAUAAAUUAUAAACUGAAGUCAGUCGCGCAUCUUCCAUGGAGAAUGCUUACUUACAAGUUUAUCAAUACCUUCAUUGACGAUCUGUUUGCUUUCGUCAUACGGAUGCCAUUAAUGUAUCGCAUAGGAUGCUUCCGUGAUGACAUUGUCUUCCUUAUUUACUUAUACCAAAGAUGGAUAUACCGUGUUGAUCCUAAACGCAUGAACGAAUUUGGCACUUCGCUUGCAAGUUCCACCGAAGCUAAUGGUCAAAUAGACAUAGCUUCAGAUGCUAAUGCUAAUGGGGAGAUCCAGGAACAGGAAACGAAGAAGGAUAGAUAAUUGUUCAACUCAGAUUGUUUGUUUUCUCCUAUUUGUUUCUUUCAGCUUCUUGUUUUGCUACGAAUUGUUAGUAUAGUAACGAUUGAUAAAAUGUUUGAAAGGUU